UCAUCUCUUCAGCCCAUCGAAAAGACUUGCAGAUCAAUCAUGGCAGGAUCCGAAUUGGACGGCAUCGACAUACAUCGAUACGGAUAUCCAAUUCAACUUGCAACAAUAACAAAUAAUACGCCAAUAAGCAAUGCUGAACAACCUCCAUUUCUUGGAACAUUUGAUGAUUUAUCACUUGUGGGAAAUGAGAUGGAUGUUCUUUACCACAGAAUCCAAUCCCAGGCAGAGACAACAAGUGGAGUUGAUCCGAGGUUGUUAAUGUUGUUGGAAUUUUCAAGGGGGCUUUACAGCAGAAGAAGUGAAUUGUUUAAGAAAUUAUUCCCAGGACUUCGUGAUGGUUUUAUGGAGUUGAUCAAGAGGAUUGAUGCAAUGUUGUUGGAGGGGAAAUUGAAUCAUUUGGAACAAACACAAGUUCGGAGUCUGCAGAGGAGUUUAAGCGUUGGUUCGCCACGGACACCGAGUACUGCCAGAGGUGGUGAAGAAGACUUUAGGCUCAAGCGGUUCAAGGUGCGUACGCUGGUUGUUGGUGGUGGUGAUCCGGGUGACGGCGGUGGUGGUGGUGGUGGUCAGAGUGAUACCAAGAAUGGCGGUGCCAAUUAGAUAUUUAUAGAGCCAAAAAUAAAAACAAGAAAUUUAUUGAUGUAAUAUGAGGGGGAAAAGACAACAAGAAUUGUUUGUUAUUAUAUAUACAAAAAGAAUAAUAUUUGAAAUCUCAAAAUGUCACCUUCAUUUGACUCUCAAUUAAUGUUGAUGUUGGAUGUUAAGUGG